CCUGAAGAAGCUGAACUAGAGGACACUCUCAAUCAAGUGAUGGUUGUCUUCAAAUACAUUGAUGAUAAGGAUGUUUUCCAAAAGUUCUACUCCAAGAUGCUGGCUAAGAGGCUAGUUCAGCAUAAUUCAGCAAGCGAUGAUGCAGAGGCUAGCAUGAUCUCAAAACUAAAGCAAGCGUGUGGCUUUGAAUACACCUCAAAGCUUCAGCGAAUGUUCCAAGAUAUAGGAUUAAGUAAGGACUUAAAUGAACGGUUCAAGGGACAUUUACAAACCAAUCCAUUGGAUAUAGAUUUUGCCAUCCAAGUGCUAAGCUCCGGUUCCUGGCCGUUUCAGCAAGGAUUUGCCUUCAACCUUCCAAGUGAGUUGGAGAAAAGUUUUCAACGCUUCACCACAUUCUAUGCAAGUCAGCAUUCAGGCCGUAAGUUGAUGUGGUUGUUUCACAUGUCCAAGGGGGAGCUGGUGACAAAUUGCUUCAAGAAUAGGUACACUCUGCAGGCAUCAACAUUUCAAAUGGCGGUAUUACUGCAGUUC